AUGAGGGGACGGGCCCGCGUGAGGGCACGAGGCAUCGCCCGCAGCCCCAGUGCCGCGGAAGUGGGGCGCGCCCCGGUCUCUGUCUCGGUCUCGCCGUCGCCGCUGCCUCCACCUGUUGCUCUCAGUGACAAUGAAUCCACCUCUAGCAGUGGCUUUGUGGAAACGAGCAGUAGCUCACUGAACUGUAAAAAUGAUGCAUGUUCUGGAGACGAUGGAAAUACUUUCACAAAAAGAGACGUGACAAUCAAACGGAACUUCAUGGAUUUGGGUAUCUGUACCAGAGAGAAGUUGGCACAUGUGAAAGAUUGUAAAACAGGCUCUAGUGGAAUACCUGUGAAACUGGUUACAAAUCUCUUUAGUUUAGAUUUGCCCCAGGACUGGAAGCUGUACCAGUACCAUGUGACAUAUACUCCAGAUUUAGCAUCCAGAAGGCUGAGAAUUGCUAUGUUGUACAGUCACAGUGAAUUAUCCAACAAAGCAAAAGCAUUCGAUGGUGCCAUCCUUUUUCUCUCAGAAAAGCUAGAAAAAAAGGUCACAGAAUUAUCAAGUGAGACUCGCAGAGGUGAGACUGUGAAGAUGACUGUCACCCUGACGAGUGAGCUGCCGGCCAGCUCCCCAGUGUGCAUCCAGGUCUUCAACAUGAUCUUCAGGAAGAUCUUAAAAAAGUUGUCCAUGUACCAAAUCGGGCGAAACUUCUAUAAUCCUUCAGAGCCAGUGGAAAUUCCCCAGCACAAAUUAUCUCUUUGGCCUGGGUUUGCCAUUUCUGUAUGCCACUUCGAAAGUAGGCUCCUGUUCAGUGCUGAUGUGAGUUACAAAGUCCUGCGGAAUGAGACUGUUCUGGAAUUCAUGACUGCUCUCUGCUACAAAACUGGCUCGUCCUGCAUCAUCCAGAUGUGUGAGAAACAGCUGAUAGGGCUCAUUGUGCUUACAAGAUACAAUAACAAAACUUACCGUAUUGAUGACAUUGACUGGUCCGUGAAGCCCACGAACACCUUUCGGAAGCGGGAUGGCACUGAGAUCACGUAUGUGGAUUACUACAGGCAGCAAUAUGAUCUUACUUUAUCUGACCUAAAUCAGCCCAUGCUUGUUAGUCUGUUGAAGAGCAAGAGAAGUAACAAUGGCGAACCUCAGCUUGUUCACUUGGUACCUGAACUCUGCUUUCUCACAGGGCUGACUGACCAGGCAACCUCGGAUUUUCAGCUGAUGAAGACUGUGGCUGAGGAGACGCGGCUCGGUCCUUUGGGCCGGCAGCAGCGCCUGGCCAGGCUUGUGGACAACAUCCAGAGAAACAAGGAUGCUCGUUUUGAGCUAGAGACCUGGGGACUGCAUUUUGGAAGUCAGAUGUCUGUGACUGGCCGAGUUGUGCCUUCAGAAAAAAUAUUGAUGCGAGACCACAUAUGUCAACCUGUGUCUUCUGCUGAUUGGUCCAAGGAUAUUCGAACUUGCAAGAUUUUAAAUGCACAGUCAUUAAAUACAUGGUUGAUAUUAUGUAGUAACAGAACAGAAAAUAUGACUGAGAGCUUCCUGAACUGCUUGAGAAAAGUGGGAAACAUCAUGGGAUUUAAUGUGGACUACCCCAAAAUCAUAAGAGUACAAGAAAAUUCAGCUGCCUUUCUUAGAGCGAUACAGCAACACGUUGACCCUGACGUUCAGUUGGUGAUGUGCAUUCUACCUUCUAAUCAGAAGAACUAUUAUGAUUCCAUUAAAAAAUAUCUGAGCUGGGACUGUCCAGUCCCAAGCCAGUGUGUUCUUGCGCGGACCUUGAAUAAACAGGGAAUGAUGAUGAGCAUUGCCACCAAGAUCGCCAUGCAGAUCACCUGUAAACUCGGAGGCGAGCUGUGGGCCGUGGAGAUACCUCUGAAGUCCCUGAUGGUGGUCGGUAUUGACGUCUGUAAAGAUGCAUUCAACAAGGAAGUGGUGGUUGGCUGUGUGGCCAGUGUUAACCCCCAAAUCACCAGGUGGUUUUCCCGCUGCAUCCUUCAGAGAACAAUGACGGAUAUGGCAGAUUGCUUAAAAGUUUUCAUGACUGGAGCUCUCAACAAAUGGUACAAGUACAAUCAGGAUUUGCCUGCACGGAUCAUUGUGUAUCGUGAUGGUGUAGGGGAUGGCCAGCUGAAAGCACUUCUUGAGUAUGAAGUCCCGCAGUUGCUGAGCAGUGUGAGAGAAGCCAGAUCCAAUACCAGCUCCAGAGUGUCCGUGAUUGUGAUCAGGAAGAAGUGCAUGCCACGAUUCUUCACAGAGAUGAGCCGCACCGUCCAGAACCCCCCGCUCGGCACUGUCGUGGAUUCAGAAGCAACACGUCCUGAAUGGUAUGACUUUUACUUGAUCAGCCAGGCAGCCUGUCAGGGAACGGUGAAUCCCACCUACUACAAUGUAAUCUAUGAUGACAAUGGCUUAAAACCCGACCACAUGCAGAGACUUACAUUCAAACUGUGUCACCUGUAUUACAACUGGCCGGGCGUAGUCAGUGUCCCAGCGCCAUGUCUGUAUGCUCACAAGCUGACCUUCCUGGUGGCACAGAGCAUUCAUAAAGAACCAAGCCUGCAAUUAGCCAAUUCUCUCUUCUACCUGUGA